UGGGUAUUUAAACAUAGUGAGCGAUAGCAAUUUAUACGUUUCGUGGUAAAUGUAUGAGAGGUCUUUGUGGCAUUUAUCUUUGCUUGUUUGGCCGGUUCGAGGGAAAGUGUUUGGGAUUAGGGAUGUUGAGGGCGUAAGGCGGUGUUGUCAAGAGAGAGAGAGGGGGGGCUUCAUGAGAAUGGUUUAUCGUACAAAUGUUCGAUACUGAGAUACUUGAAGAAUAGAUCCAGGUAAUAGGGCAUGAAGAUGAAAAAUCCAAAACCCUCCUCACCUCUCCAUCCACCAUCCCAUCUCCCACAACACCACCCUACCCCCGUUCCCUACCCUCGCAUACACGGCUACCUGCAUACCGACUCGUGGUACCGCAACCGUUUCUUGCGUGACCCAGUUCGUGCGAUACGGACGCUUCCAUGUGAUUGGCUGCGGGUCUGCAGACAGGAUUUGGAGGAACCCCCCCCCCCCUCUCCCUCUCACUGGGGAUCGAUCGGCGGACGUUGCACACACGCAUACGUAAACACUACUUUUGAAGGAAAGCCUGUCUCGUCAAAGAGAUGGUUAGGGAGGUGAUCGUGGUUUAGAA